GUUUGUAGAUUUGUAGAUAUUGUUAGGUACCUAUAAUAUAAGAGACUUUGAUUGAAUAAAGUUUUUCGAUUUUAUUAUUUAAUUAAUUUAAAAAGAAGUAAACGUCAAGUUCUACAGAAUAUGCAUAAAAUUCAAGAUUGGUUAGCCCGACCUCCAAAAUAUACAACUUUCCGGAUUAAUAGUCUUCGAAAAUUUGAAUAUGAUAAGCUGACAAACUAUUUAAUAGAGCAAAGUAAAGAAUUGAAUACCACUAGUAUUCCAAAGUUUUAUCUGCUACGGCCAGAUUGUCUUGUGGUUGAACAAUGGACUGAUGAUGUAAAAAUUGAGAAUGGAAAUAAAAUUGUUGUGGUAGACGCUUUGUGUGCAGCUGCAGUGUUGAGAGGAGCUCAUGUAUUUGCACCUGGAGUUAUGGGGCUUCCUUCAGGUAAAAUAAUCUUUAAAUUUUUGUUGAAAGUUAAUUAUGAUGGUAAGAAAAAGUAUGUGGGCACUGGUUAUUUAAAAAUGACAAGAAAUGAAUUAUUUGAUAAUGGAAUCCAAGCAAGUGGUAUAGCUGUACAUACAUUAUUGCCGGCUUCAAGGUUGCCUGUAAUAAAUGAGACUUUGUAUCCAAAAGGUACAAUUUUAUUACAAAACCUGCCAUCAAUAGUAUGUGGCUGGGUAGUUGAUGCAAAGCCUCAUGAAGUCAUCCUGGAUAUGUGUGCUGCUCCAGGAAACAAAACAACUCAUUUAGCUGAAAUGUCUCAUGAUCAAGCAAACAUAAUUGCUUUGGAUAAAACACCUCAGAAGAUAGCAAGUUUACAAAAAAACUGUUACAGUCAUGGUUUAACAUGUAUAAAAGCUUUUGUAUUUGAUUCUACAAAAUGCUGUUCAUAUGAAAGUGACGGAGUACACCAAGGUCCUCCUUAUCCCCCAAACAGUUUUGAUAAAGUUCUUCUAGAUGCCCCAUGCAGUGGGCUGGGACAACGACCUCAGCUUAUCAAUAAAAUGACACCCAAAAUGCUGCAGUCAUAUAAAUUUGUUCAGAGAAAAUUAUUUCGAUCUGCAGUUGAAGUACUGAAAUUUGGUGGAAGGUUAACAUACAGUACUUGCACAGUAACUGAAGACGAGAAUGAAAGAAUAGUGUCUUGGGCAUUGGAAACAUUCCCAUGUUUGUCUUUGGUACCAGCUGAACCUCUACUUGGUGGUCCAGGAUUGCCCAAUUGUGGUCUAAGUGACCAACAAAGAGAAAUGGUACAGCGAUUUAGUCCCACUGACGAUAGUUUGAGGUUUGUGGAUCCAAUUUACAAAGAUACGAUCGGAUUUUUUAUUGCACAAUUUACAAAAUUGAAAUGAAAUGGUUUGCAUAUAUGUGGUUCUGAUCGAAAGGACAUAUAAUAUGUCUAAUUUUGGUUUUAAUAUAUGUAUAAGUUUAGUUUAAUUUUAUAAUAAUAGAUGGCGUUAUCCCGUUUUGAAACGCGAUAUGGUUUUGUUUUGAUACAAACAUAAAUAGAAAGGUGAUUUUUAAAUAAAUGUCUUCGUUCCGGGAGUCUGAGUUUCAUUCAAGCUGCCUUGGCUCGAUAUACUCUUGUCUAAGGGUCCUAACGAGUCGGAUAUAGUGAAGGAUUUGGCAGUUUCUAAGUGUAGAGUGAAGCUAGUGGUGUGAAACCAGUCCAAAGAAGAUCAGGUGCAUGCAGCGCCAUCUGUCGGCUAGUACAGUGAAGUGCAGUAAGUGAGCAAGAAAAACUGUAAGUACUUUUAUCUGUGUAAAGACUUAGAAAAAUUUCAAGAUAGAAGUAGUGGGACUUGUAAAAUUUCAUAGUGUAGAUUCUGGGACUUAGAAUAAUUCGGUAAAAAGUGACGAGACGAGGAAUCUAUGCCCGAUUUCAUAGCGGUGACAAAAAAGUCCAAACACUUAGAAAAUUUUGAUCAAUAAAAAACAGAACAUAGACAAAUUUUGAAAAAAUAAUUGGUGACAUUUAUAAUUACAUCUGUCAAUCAUGGAGGGCUGUAUAAGAGUAGUGAAACAAUUAUUCAGUCAAAUAGAAAAGGGAAGAA